UUUAAAACACAAAAAACAAUCCCAUAGACAGAGAAAGAAGAGCUGUAGAGAGGAGGUGAAAGCUCAUACAUACUUAAACCUCCCUCCGUUACAAUUCGUCGCAUGUCUGUCUCUACAUUCAUUCUCACUUUUUCUACCGUUUUCACUCCGACGCUGAUCAAUUCAACGGUGUUGAUUGUUACUACUUCACAGCAGUAGUAGUAGUAGUAACUAUCAACAAUCAUUACAAUUAUCAUAACACCGUUACUUCUCAAUUCUCAAUUCUUCAUAAUUCUCUUCAAUUUACAUUUUCAAUUCCCAAACUAAACCCUACAUUUUCAUCACCUCAAAGAUAAUAUCUAUGGAGGGUGGUGAGAGAAUUAGUGAUGAAAUGGAUCUGGUUCAUUCAGAAAAUCGUAAUAACAACAAUAAGGAUCAAAAUGCUGUUCAUUUGGAUCAAGAAAUGGUUGAUCAAGAUGAUGCUGAUACAACAAAUGUCAAUUAUACCCCUACUCAUCAACUUGAACAACGACUCAUCACCCCAAAACCUAAAGUUAAGAAUGUUACUGAAGUCAAUAAUAAUGUACUAAACACUGCUAACGAGAUGACUGCUUAUGAUGUGACGGGGACGCCUAUGGAGCAAGAAGCGUUUAUGAAAGAGCUCGAGAGUUUCUAUAGAUCGAGGUCCUUGGAAUUUAAGCCUCCUAAGUUUUAUGGGGUGCCAUUGAAUUGUCUCAAGUUAUGGAGAUCUGUUAUCAAACUAGGUGGCUAUGAAUUGGUAACUGGAUCGAAGUUGUGGCGGCAAGUAGGAGAGUCUUUCCACCCUCCUAAGACCUGCACUACAGUCUCAUGGACGUUCAGAAUCUUUUAUGAGAAGGCACUUUUAGAGUAUGAAAAGCAUAAGAGAGAGAUUGGGGAGGUACAGCUCCCUGUUGGAUCACUCCAUCAACCUUCAAGUGUGGAAAAAGAGACCGCUGUUUAUCAGGCUCCAGGCUCAGGUAGGGCUCGAAGGGAUGCGGCAGCACGUGCAAUGCAAGGUUGGCAUGCCCAGCGUCUUAUGGGAUAUGGUGAGGUUGCUGAAUCAGCUGUUAAGGACAAAAACUUCAGUCCCACACCACCAAAACGUGAAAAGAACCUAAAAAAUAUCGGUGUGAUCAACAAACAGAGGACACCAUCUGGUAUGGACCAUGCCGACAAAGCUGCAAACAUAGAAGGAGAUAGGCAGUUGGUCACAGCAGUAGUGGACAUUGGACCCCCAGCUGACUGGGUGAAGAUUAAUGUGCGGGAAACGAAGGAUAGCUUUGAAGUGUAUGCACUAGUUCCUGGGCUUCUUCGUGAGGAGGUGCGAGUCCAAUCCGAUCCAGUUGGAAGGCUUGUUAUAACUGGUAUGCCAGAACAUGUCGACAAUCCUUGGGGUAUUACCCCCUUCAAAAAGGUUGUGAACUUACCUGCAAGGAUUGAUCCACUCCAAACAUCUGCUGUUGUUAGUUUGCAUGGUCGACUAUUUGUACGCGUUCCUUUUGAGCAGGGAGCUGUAUGAAUUUUCCUCCCUUGAAAUAGUUGGUUUCUCACAUUAUUAAAAAGAGUAAAAAAAUUAUAAACAAUCAAGACAAUGGUUAUGCUAGGAACUAGUCUAGCCCUCUUGGAUUAGUUAAAACUACUGCACAACUUGACAAUCAAUAAUUUAUUCUCUCCAUGGUAAAAUACCCAAAUGCAUUGGUGCAAUAUGCUUGAUUUUCAUGUGUUAAGAUCCGUUUUGCCUUUAUAUAAGAAGGAAAAAAAAACCCUAUUUUUACUGUUAUACUUCGCUGGUGCACAUUAUUAGGAAAAGUCCAACGAGUUAGAGGACUGCCUCCAAAACUCGUUGCUUACAGAAAUGCCUUAUGAACAAAAUGUUUAGCAGAAAAUCGAGCUGCUUCCAAUUACAGGUGGAUGUGUUAAAAAAUCGCCAUAUGAUUAUGGACCAACCCAAUGUAAACCUUCUAAGUUUGGGCAUUUAGUACUUUAUUUAAUUUUUUUUGAAACA